AUGGCGACCACCAUCCCCACUAUCACGUCGCUUUCGACGGUUGAUCCGAGUUACGCUCCGCACCUUACUUCAGCGUUAGCCAGUGCCACACAUGCCCUUGGUACGGCCACCGCAGAUGGUGAUCUUUACCAGUACAGCAAAUCGGUUGCUGCUGCCUCCAACUCCCUUGCUGUCAUCAGUGCCCAGUCUGUCUUGGCCACUGCCACCGGCCUGGAGUACCUGCUGGCUUCUGAGGUGAUCAUGGCGGCCGCCACAGAUAUCGCCAAGAUCGAGUACUUGGACAACAUGUACCGUGCCGACUUGAACAUGGGUGCCAAUGUGUUUUUCUGUGUCAUUUUCGGUGUUCUCACCAUUUGGCAUUUUGUUGUUGGCGGUCUUUUCCGCUACUGGUACUACUUCUUUGUUCUCGGCAUCGGCUGCGGUCUCGACUUUGGUGGCUACCUUGCCAGAUCCGUCAGUGCCACCGACGAGACGCUUGUUGAUCCCUUUUUGGUCCAGAUUAUCGUGCUUACCAUUGCCCCUGCGUUCAUCAUGGCAGGUGUCUAUUAUAUGCUUGGCAGGCAGUUGGUGUACAUUGGCGAGGGCUACUCUUGGCUCAAACCCCGGUGGUUCUCGUACAUCUACAUCACUUGCGACGUCACUUCUCUUGUCAUUCAGGCCAUCGGUGGUGGUAUGGCUGCCACCGCCUUGUCAGCUAAUAAGGAUACUGACGAUGGAACCCAUGUGAUGGUGGCCGGUAUUGCUUUCCAGGUGGCCACAAUGUCGUCUUUCUUCAUUGUUGGCGGUAACUUUGUCGCCCGUGUGUGGUUCAGAGCUUCGCCUGAUGUUAGAUUUUCGCUGUCUAAUUUCUUCUCUUUGCUUUUCAAUGUCGGCAAGGCCAAGGAGUUGCACAAGAAGUUGGAACCAAAUUACGAUCCCAAAUACGCCCACGUGAGAAGCAGAAGGUUGUUCCCUUACGUCUUCACCGUCAUUUUCACCGCCACCGUUCUCAUCUACAUCCGUUGUAUUUAUAGAUUGGUUGAGCUCUCCGAAGGUUGGACCGGCUACACCAUUCGUCACGAGGCCUUCUUGUUUGGUCUCGAUGCUGCUAUGGUAUUCUUGACCUGUUUCCUCUUUGUUCCUUUCCACCCCGGUUUCAUCUGGGGCAAGUACCACCCAACCCUCUCUUUCAGGAAGAAGAAGAGCGAGCCUCAGCCAGAGGAGGAGUACGACCAGGAAAAGCUCUAUGGUGACUCCCAGAACCCAUCGGAAGGUCCUUCCCAAGAGGCCGAGAAGCCCAGAAACGAGGAAUCCUUCAACAGCGGAGAAGCCACUCCUUAUCAAAACCGUGACAUUUACGAGAAUGACGAGGAACGUGGGGCCUUUGCUAACGAACACCAGACCGAUGAAAUUGUCGACCACUUUGCUAGCGCAGAGAAUGUGCAGCAGCAGCAAAGAGACCCAUACGGUCUCCCUAACGAUAGCCCCGAGAAAUUGGCACAGCCACGGGAUUUCACUACCAGGCAAGGCGCUGAUGCCCUCUAA